UAAAACUGGGACACGAAGCUGAGAGGCUGUCCGGCCGGUUUUCAACAGCUAGAUACACAGAAAGUGUUUACACCGGAGAAGAUUGUCAACAGCGGAAAAGAAAUAAAAAAAAUACAUAUAAAAAUGCAUUCACGAUUGUAUUUUGGCAUAAUCGUUUCCAAAGUAGGAUUACCAGUAACCGAGUGUCUUUUGGUGGGAUUAGUUUAGCCUCUAGCAAUGUAUGCACAGAAUGGACUUAGUUAGACGUGUAUUUAAAUGCUGCAACUUAGUCAAAAUUGGUCAACUUUAAAUAAAUAACAUAGGAUUAUUUUACGAUUAUAUGUACACACAAGCUGUUUUUUAAACCUUUGAAUAAUGGGAUAUGCCAAAAGCGCACAAUGUCGAUAAAACAUUAAUUUAACUUUCUGAAAUAUUGAAGACGAGGCUUUGCUUGACGUUAAAGGCACGUGUUCUCAAUAUUAUUCAACUAAAUAAUUGUGCAAAAUUGUGAUAUACUGGAAAAUGCGUGCUGACGAAAAACGUUUCAAUUCCUUCGACCGAAUCCGCCUCUGACACCAUGGCAACCGGAGGGUGUGCGCCCCCGAAACAGGAGUACGAUUUUAGCGUGUUUCCCUAUCCAGGAGAACUGAAAACUUUCAGUUCCAAUGAAAUUGCGGUGAAAGUGACGCUGGGUGUGCUCGUUGAGCUCGUGGCUCUCGUCGGUAACAUCCUGGUGAUCACAAUCGUGCUGCGGUCCCGGUCGAUGCGCACCACUACCAACUACUACCUGGUCAACCUUGCCGUGUCCGACCUGCUCGUGGGGCUCAUGCCCAUAUGGGUGCAUAUCGUCUCCUCCCUCAAUGAGUUCUGGGUGUUCGGGUCCUUUCUCUGCAAGUUCAACCCGUUCCUACAAAUCACCGCGAUGUGCGCCAGUAUGUUCACGCUGAUAGUGCUUGCUGGAGACCGCUUCUACGCCAUCAUGUUUCCCAUGCAUUCCCGCGUGAACAAGCGCAAGGUCAGCUACCUGCUCAUCGCCGUGUGGUUGGCCUCCUGCGCCAUAGCAACGCCGCUGCUUUUCGUCUAUACGUACAUUGAACGUCAGUGGGCGGACGUGCUCGAGACGUACUGUGAUGAGAGAUGGCCAAUGAAAAUGGUAGAGGACAACAAAUGCGACGGUGGACUCACAUCUAAGAAGGCGUACUGGAUUGUGGUGUGCUGUGUGUUAAACUGGACCCCAAUGGUGUGCACGACUCUUGCAUACACGUUCAUCGUUAUUAAGUUACGGAAACACAAAAUCGGUCCCAAGUUGGGAGCAUCGACGAGAUCGACCGUUCAGCAGCGGUCUAAACGCAAGGUUGUCAUCAUGUUGUUCUCCGUCCUUAUACUGUUCAUCGUGUGUGCAGUUCCAUUCCAGACCAUAAAGAUCUACUUCAUGUUCACGCAGGGAACGCCUGGCUACAAGUUACCAUCUUGGUUUGGAACGCUUGAUUUCGGAGCAAUUUUGCUGAUGUAUAGCAAUGCUGCGAUCAAUCCAAUCAUUUACGCCGGAUUCAAUGAAAGCUUUCGAAACGGGUUUAAGGACCUUAUAAACACCAUUUCAAACAGACGCAGGCCCACUGCGUCCGAUAGCUUUGAGAGCGAGUUCAAGCAGAGGUCAAUGCUGAGGGCUAAAAAUGGCUCCAUUGCAACUAUUUCCGGUUCGCGUGGAAGUAGGGCUGCGUUGCUGGAAAUGGCGGGAAUUCCGUCGAGCGAAAACUUGCAUGAGAGCGGAAUGAUGAGGAAUUUGUCGCGAGAUUCUCUAAAUGAUGAUAUUAUGCCCUCUGAGACAAGUGAACGAGUGCUAAAGAAUGAACGAAGAACGAGCCACUUUGGAAAUGGUAUAACGUUACAAGCAUUUGAGAAAGAGGAGUCGGUUACCAAGAUUGGAACGGGUGAUUUAGCUUUGUCUUCCAAUUUGUGAAAUAGAACGAAGAAGCGUUUUGGGGUAAAACCCGGUGAAAGAUCGGUUAACAAUUCAGUGCGAAGUAUUUACCAUUGCAACAGACACACAAAUGAGAGAAACUGACUCUUUUAGGAUUAAUUUAGUUAGAUUAUACACCUGUCUUCUAGUGUUUCUAACUAUAUUGUUGGUGUUUCUUUUUCAGUUCAUUUAAAUUCAUGUUAAUGGUACCAAUUACAGAAUAACUUUCCUGUAUGAUAAAUGUUGGUGAAUCCGUAUGUGCGAAUUAGAAAGCCCUUCAUUCGUA